UAAAGUCUUCCCUCUCUAUCUUAUUUGACUGCUCUGCUUCUCUCUCUACUCUUUCUUUGUAUAUACUCUCUCUCUCUCUCUCUCUUUCUUUCUCUCUCUCUGUAUAGGCGGAAAACGAGUAUCCGAUUGUUUGUUUUUUUUGAUCUUUGUGUGAUGUUGAUUUGUAAUCAAAUGUGAUGGGGAGUGGUUUCUCGCAGCUGUUCCCGUGCUUCAAUCCGGCAGGGAGCCGGACCGGGGACGGCCAGCCGGAGGUGAUCUUCACGGCGUCGGAGCCGCUCGACGAAACCCUAGGUCACUCAUUCUGUUACGUCCGGUCCUCGGCGCGCUUCCUCUCGCCAACGCCGUCGGAUCGGUUCGUGUCGCCUACUCAUUCCCUGCGGUUAUCGCCGUCUCACGAACCGCCGGGGAAGGCCAGGGUUGGCGGCGGUUUUCCCGAGACCGGGUUCAAGGCCAUCUCCGGCGCCUCGGUAAGUGCGAACACUUCGACUCCCAGAACGGUCCUCCAUGUGGACAACAUUUACGACGAUGCCACUGAGUCUCUUGGCGGUCUUGGCGUGAGGUCCAGUAUAGUGAAUGGAUUCGAGAGUACGUCGUCGUUUAGUGCCUUGCCUCUUCAACCGGUGCCACGCGGCUCCUGCGGCGGAGGCGAACCGUCCGGUCCGAUGGAGAGAACGUUCUUCAUGUCCGGUCCGAUAGAGCGCGGGGCUGUGUCCGGGCCGCUCGAAGGGACCGGCGGCUCGGAUGGUGGCCAGGUGCCCUUCUCGGCGCCGCUUGGUGGCGUUUACGUGAAAAAGAGGAGGAAGAAGGGCAUUCCGGGAAUUAGGAAAGCCAUCUCUAGGAGCUUUUCGGAGAAGAAGCGACCGUGGGUGGUGCCAGUUCGGAACUUCGUCGGCAGAAAGGAUGGUCCGGCGGCCGGGGAGGGUGUUGAUUCGUAUGCGAAGGCGGAGAGUAACGUCCAGUGGGCUUUGGGGAAAGCAGGCGAGGAUCGGGUACAUGUGGUCAUUUCGGAAGAGCAUGGAUGGCUGUUUGUGGGGAUUUAUGAUGGGUUUAACGGCCCUGAUGCGCCUGAAUUCUUGAUGGGUAACCUCUACAAAGCAGUUUACAAUGAAUUAGAAGGUUUAUUCUGGGAUUCGGAGGAAGCUUGUCAACAAGAGGGCUUAAAUGUGGCUACCGAUAAUGCGGUAAUUACUGGGGUUCCACACCCUUUAAAGGAAGGCUCUAGUGGAGUGAUUUUGAGUGAUGGGGAAGCACAAAUUAGUAGAUGCGGAUCUAUUCAAUCUCAAUCGGAUCGAGGAUCGGUAAAGAAAGUAACAUUUCAAGCUGAACAGACCGGGGUUAGACGGAGAAGAUUAUGGGAAUUUCUUGCUGAAGAUGAUCCAGAAGACGGGCUUGAUCUUUCGGGUUCGGAUAGGUUUGCAUUUUCUGUUGAUGAUGCUCUUAGUGUGAGCAAUGCCGGUUCCGCAGUAAGUAGGCGUUCUCUGUUGUUGUCAAAAUUGAAACAUGGGUUGAUUAAGCAUAAAGAUAGUGGGAAAUUGUUUCCGUGGAGGUUUUGGUUGGAAGGCAAAGAGAAAACUUCAGCUGAGAAUAGAUUAGAGGAGAGAACUAGCAGAAGUGGUAGGAAGCGCAAGGUUGGUCCUGUUGAUCAUGACUCGGUUUUGAGGGCAAUGUCACGCGCUCUUGAAAUUACCGAGCUUGGGUAUUUGGAUAUGACGGACAAAUUUCUUGAUCAGAAUCCAGAGCUUGCCUUGAUGGGUUCAUGUUUAUUAGUUGUGUUGAUGAGAGAUGAGGAUGUCUAUGUCAUGAACGUUGGAGAUAGUAGGGCUAUUGUGGCACAACAUGAACCUGAAGAAAUCAGUACGAGUGUAGGGUCAAAUGGGCUCGUGGAUAAUGCAUCAAAUGCAGAGGACAUAGUUGAGGAGUCUGCAGAUGCUGCUGAGGUGGCGAAUAAGGUGAGAAAUGAGGCUUCUACAGAAAUUAUGAGGUUAUCUGCAUUGCAGUUGUCCACGGAUCAUAGCACAAGCAUUGAAGAAGAAGUUAUAAGAAUCAAGAGUGAACAUCCAGAUGACAGCCACUGUAUUGUCAAUGAUAGAGUAAAAGGCCGUCUUAAAGUUACUCGUGCAUUUGGGGCUGGGUUUCUUAAACAGCCCAAGUGGAAUGAUCCAUUAUUGGAAAUGUUUCGCAAUGAAUAUAUUGGUACUGCGCCCUACAUAUCUUGUUCGCCUUCUCUAUGUCACCACAAACUUUGUCCAAGAGAUCAAUUCUUAGUCCUCUCAUCUGAUGGCUUGUAUCAGUACUUGAGUAAUCAAGAAGUUGUUUCUCAUGUUGAGAGUUUUAUGGAGAAGUUUCCAGAUGGAGACCCUGCACAACACUUAAUAGAGGAGCUUCUUUUGCGGGCAGCCAAGAAAGCUGGAAUGGAUUUCCAUGAGUUGCUGGACAUCCCUCAAGGUGAUCGUAGGAAAUAUCAUGAUGAUGUUACCGUGAUGAUAAUAUCACUCGAAGGAAGAAUUUGGAAGUCCUCUGGAAAAUAUGUUUGAGAUCUUCAAUCCAUGAAUCACCUGGCUAGUGACUUCGUCUGUACAAAAGUGAAGUUGCAGCUGUAGCUGCGAGCUGAGACAGUUGCCGGCAAGUAUGGAAGCGAUUCCGACCCUCUUUUCAUGGGGCCAUGAGGAGGAUUCUUUGAUCUCACAUCAUAAGCGCACAAUUAAAAGGGGGAACCCCACAUGAUGAUAGUGACAAAGGCUAAUGUUAGCUAUUAGUCAAACUCAAAAAGUGCAUGCAACAUAUAGAGAUGAGGAAAAAGAAAAAAAGAAUUUUGUAGGUGGGAUUGAUGGGAACAUUGAUCUUUGGCAAAAAGAUCCCUUUUACCUUUUCUUUCUUUUCUUUUCAAUUUUAAGAUUUAGCAUAGAUGGAGGCUCUUUGAUUCAUUUGUAUCUCUUCCUUCCUUUCUAUAGCAAAAAGAUGUAAUUCCAUGGGGGUUUAGAUUUCCUUCUGAAUUGGGCAUUUUCCUUUGUCAAAGAUGAGCGUGGCUAAUUUUCUUGGGGA